GGAGUACAGGUUCUCGGUUUUGCGCGCACACUCGGCUGGGCGUACGCACGGAAUAGAACGUAUAUAUCGGUGCAAAUAAAUUCGUUUAAUAUCGUCUACGUCUAGAACUUAACUAGACUAGACAUUUUGAUGCAUAGGCGCCUGCAACAAGCCAGGGGUCGGGACAAAUAACGUUAAAGUUAGUCUAGUAGUACAUCAAGAUUUUGGCAAGGAAUCAAACGAGAAACCCUGGGAAUAUUCCUGAAUUUGUAUCUACAUAUAUCAUACAUUUCAUUUUGCCAUUAUAGUGUUUAAUUUUGAGAAGGAAAGAAACUGGAAGGCGGAACAUGUUGCGUUUCUUUCGACAUAGUCGUGCCAGGAUUCUGUCGCAGCUGGCAACGCCAUACGGACGGCGCUUAGCGGGGGCAGUUCCCGCCGUACAACACCAACCAUCCCGCUCGUACAAUUUUGGUCGCGAUGUGUACGGAUUUCGACAAUCGGCUUGGCAGCCGCUUAAUUUGAUAGGCCUUCAGCAACAAGCAGAGGGGGAGAAUAUUUUUACAGACAAAGCUGUAAUACAGAAUAGGAUUGAGAAUGCCAAUCUGCUCCGCCUCGUAAUAGCCUACAGGGAACAUGGACACAAAAGGGCAACGCUGGAUCCUUUGGGGCUGUUGCAACUCCAAUCUGUGCCUGAGUUAGAUCCUCAGCUGUAUGGACUCUCAUCUGAUAACAGUGAACUGUACAACUUGACAGGUAUUGUAAACAUUGGAAAAAAGGAAGGAACAAUUCAAGAGGUUAUUGAGCAUCUACAGAAGGCUUACUGUGGCAAUAUUGCUGUUGAAUUUGCUCACUUACUGACAAGUGAAGAGAGAGAAUGGUUUUCCAAUGAAGCUGAAGAGAGCCCUCAUUGGUUUGUAUCUAAUGCCACUCGGCAGAGGAUUGCACAAUUGAUGGCAGAUGCUCAGGCUUUUGACCAAUUCAUGACCACCAAGUUUGCGACUGUAAAGCGUUACGGCGGGGAAGGAGCUGAGAGCAUGAUGGCAUUUUUCCAUCAACUUUUUACUCAAGCUGUUUCAGAUGGAGUUGAAGACAUUGUUCUUGCCAUGCCACAUAGAGGGCGCUUGAAUCUUUUAAUGGGACCCCUUGGUUUCUCACCAUUGGUGAUGUUGAAGAAACUCAGGGGCAACCCAGAGUAUGCCCCACAUCUGCACUGUGUGGGGGACAUACCGACACAUCUCUGGACGUCCGUGGAUCUGGAUGUGGACGGAAAAGAAUUGCAUCUCUCUCUCAUUCCUAAUCCUUCACAUCUUGAGGCUAACAUACCUGUUGGCAUUGGUAAAGCUAGAGGGCGCCAGAUGAGAAAACAAGAAGGUGACUAUGCUGCUGAUCCCUCAUCUGAUUGUUGUCAUGGCGAUAAAGUCAUGAACGUUCUUCUUCAUGGUGAUGCAGCUUUUGUUGCCCAGGGAGUGAUUGCUGAAUGUUUUGCGAUGGCCAACCUUCCUCACUAUGCCGUCGGUGGAUCCAUACAUCUAGUCGUCAACAACCAAAUUGGCUUCACCACACCAUCAGAGAGAGGGCGCUCUUCUCCAUACUGUAGUGACAUUGCCAAAAUGAAUGGAAAUCCUGUUAUCCAUGUGAAUGGCAUGGACCCUGAGGCUGUUCUAUCAGCUUGCAGGCUUGCAGUGAGCUACAGACACAAAUUCAGGAAAGAUGUGGUGGUUGACUUUCUGUGUUUCCGUCGCUGGGGUCAUAACGAGCUUGACGACCCCUCCUUCACCCAGCCCAUCAUGUAUGAUAACAUCCGAUCAAGGCUCAGCAUACCAGAUGCAUACAUCCAGAAAGCUGCCGAAGAGGGAUCCAUCAAUAAGGAGGAGAUUAACACAAAUGUGUCAGAGAAGAUGCAGGAAUGGAAUCGAUGUCUGAAAGAAGCAGACUCCUCCCCCGCCCAUGCCUAUGAAUCCAUACGUCAGGGUCAAUGGUCAUCAUGUGAUCCUCCUCCAUUACACAUUGCAUUAUGGGAUACAGGUGUUGAAACAGAUUUACUGAAAUUCAUUGGGGGAAAGUCUGUAGAAAUUCCUAAUGAUUUUGGUAUACACCCGCAUCUAAAGAAGACCUUUGUAGAUGCAAGAUUGAAGAAAGUACAGGACGGAUCUGCUAUAGAUUGGGCUACUGCAGAGAGUUUGGCUUUUGGGUCAUUGCUAGUUCAAGGAUUCAAUGUGAGACUAAGUGGUCAGGAUGUAGGGCGGGGUACCUUCAGUCAUCGUCAUGCCAUGCUGGUUGAUCAAGAUAAUGACAGUAUCCACAUACCACUCAACCACAUCGAUCAAUCACAAAGAGGUUUCUUUGAGGUUGCAAACAGUCCACUGUCAGAAGAAGCUGUGUUAGGUUUCGAGUAUGGGAUGAGCAUAGAGACUCCUAAUCUGAUGGUUAUAUGGGAGGCUCAGUUCGGUGAUUUCUUCAAUGCUGCUCAGACAAUCAUUGAUACCUACAUCUUUCCUGGAGAGUUAAAAUGGCUUCUUCAAAGUAGUCUCGUCAUGCUGCUUCCCCAUGGCUUUGAUGGAGCUGGCCCCGAGCACUCUUCCUGUCGUCUUGAGCGAUUCCUUCAGGCUUGUGACAGCAGCGAUGAGAGAGUGGAUGGAGACAAUGUCAAUGUGCAGAUUGCCAACCCAACAACACCAGCUCAGUACUUUCAUAUUCUACGACGACAGAUGGUCCGUAACUACAGGAAGCCUUUGAUCAUGGCCUCUCCAAAGAUCCUUCUACGUCUUCCAGCUGCCACUUCAGACCUCUCGGAGAUGGGUCCUGGAACUAGUUUUAGACCAGUUAUAGAUGACCAGACUACUGAUCCUAAAAGUAUCCAGAAGGUUAUUAUAUGCUGUGGAAAGCACUAUUAUGCCCUUCAGAAGGAGAGGGAGAGCAGACAGGCUCAUGAUAUAGCCAUAGUGAGGGUCGAGUCUCUAUGCCCCUUCCCAGCUGAUGUCCUGCAAAGUGUUUUAAGUAGAUAUACUAAUGCCAAAGAUUAUGUUUGGAGUCAAGAGGAACACAAGAAUAUGGGGGCGUGGUCCUUUGUAGCACCUCGCUUUGAAAACCUUGUUGGGUAUAAGCUUGCGUAUGCUGGGAGAGAUGUUCUUGGAGUUCCUGCUGUUGGCACGGCAACGCUACACCAAGAAGAGGUCAGACAGAUCAUGGUGCGGACGUUUGAUCGGUAGUUUCUACAAAAAUUCUUAUUCGAUAUGAAUGUAAUGAAGAUACAGGUGAUAUUACAUUAAUGUUACGACUAUGUAUGUGUUCAAGAUGAUCUUAUUCUUAAACAAAGGUUCCUUUUUUUUAGCAGAGAUGCCAACCUUGUAAAAUAAAUUGAAGUAUGCCUUACUAUGGAUUAAACAAAAGUAUUUUUGGUGGUAAAACAGUAUUUUCCCACUUUUGCUGCAAUAGACAUGUGCGAUUUUGGAACGAAGUAUAGAUCAUGAAACCUGCAGUAUUUUCAAUAAAAAGUAGUUUUAAAUACUGCCAACAGGAACAGUUAUCAUUUCUGCUUUAAGUUACUUACCAAAUUCUGUGCCAUGUCUUUGAGCAGGAAGUCCACUCAGUAUCUAAUAGCAGGGCCCGUUGGGAGAACAGUUUUCGGAACUGAAGUGGCUACCCUGGGUAAAUAUACCGUUAUUAUCAUUAUUAUAUUUCAAUGCGGCAUUCCUAUAUUCUCUUUUGUUUUGUGUAUGCUGAAAAGGGAGGAUUAGAAAGGAAAAAGCCGAGUGUGUUUGCCACUAAAAGAUGAAGUUCAGACUUUUGUCUAGGUACCUUUAUGUUUGGUUAAGAACAUCUCGUAAUGCAAACACUUGAUGCAAACGGACACACACUGCCAUCACAUGCUGAAUAUUACUAGAGUGUCACUGUCAUCAAUUUUUUCAAGUUCUUAGCAUUGUAACUUUUUUGUACAAACCCAGCUGUUUCUUUAACAAAAUACUAUUUUCUUGUAUUUUCUCAUCUGUUCUUUUUUUAUUCAGGGAAGGGGGAUAGUGUGUAUGUAUAUUUUGUUAAAGUUAAAGGAAACUAUGAUUAUUAUUUUUAUUAUCGUUAUAAUUUUAGUUAUUUUCCCAUCAGGCCCACAGUCUUAUUUGUAUUGUGCUUGUUCUUGAUGCAGCUUUGUAUAAUAGAGUAAAGUGAGAUUUGUUCUGAGUGCUGUUAAGUUCUUUGUCUGAAAUUGUGCAUUAGUAUUUAGUCAUCUUUCCUUCUUGGUAACAUGAUGAAUUGUGAAACAGCAUCUACAUUGCAUGACUGGUGUGCUCUUUUUUCAACUCAUGUUAUUAUGCUGCAGGACUAAAAAAAUCAUAGGUUAUUAAAUGUUUAGAUUAAACCCAUGAGUUACCUAAUAUGUUGUAAAAUGUAAGUUAACUUUCAGAUGAAUACUGACGGUUGUUAUAUUCUACAGUAUACCUGUAUCCAAUUAUUCUUGAAUUUUGAAUAGAUGUUCAUCAUGAAAAAUACUGAUCAAAGAAACAAGAUUAUGUAUUCAAAGAGUUCUCAGAAAUACACCUAAUUUUACAAACCUAGAAUACUUAGAUCGAGUAUAUAUACGUCUACAAAUAUUUUUGCAAAUAACCAAGAUGAUCACAAAUGGUUGUCUGUAAUGACAUGUUAUCAAAGUAUUGUUUAUAGUUGCCUGUGUUGUUAAUUCUGAAACGUACUCUCUGAAAUAUAAAUAUAUAGAUAAGGAUUCAAAGAUUAAUUCAAAUUACUUGUUGACAUAUAUAUGUACACUGUAAUAACAUGUUUGUAAUAUUGUUGAAGACCCUUCGCAUAACCUGUUCAAAUGUGUGCAAUAUGAUAAAAGGCAUUUUCUUUGAAUUCAGAGUCUCAGAGCUGCUACUCAUUGCCAAUAGAAAUUGGGUGAGUGGUAUGAUUGGUAUCUGUAUUAAAAAAAUAGGUUACUAUCAAUGUUAAAAACUGGUUUGGAGAUAUUAGUUUGUAAACACCUUCCUUCUCUUCAAUAGUGGCAUAGUAUAUGAAAGUCACAAUAUUAUGACAAUAUGGUGGUGCAUUGCUUUGAAAUGUGGGAUUAAACUCAAAUUGACAAGUUCCAUAUUGACCUGUGUUUGUUGAAUCAUUCAAGAUACACAACUCCUUGCAAAAGAACAUAUAUAUAAUAUUGAUUGGCUUUGAGAGAGAUACCAUAUAUAUUUCCUGAAGUAGUCUCACAAUGCCCGAGUCUUGACGAGGGCAAUAUGGGCCUAUUGAUCGAAAUAUAUGGCUUCUCCCGAAAAUUAAAGCCAGUCAUUAUUAUUAUUAUUACCUAUAGGCCUGCAACUGUAUGAUGUGUAAUUUAAGCUUUUAUUUGCAGCAAUUCAUGCCUUUUUGCCGGUUGGUACUUCUGAAUUCAGGUUGUUCGUGAAUUUGAUGAUGUAAUCCUGGCUAAGUAAUUGUGACGUGAAGUGUAAAGCAGCACAGGUGUGCAUCAUGCAUGGCAUGUAGAUACACUUUAUGCGUACAAGUCUUGCGCUUGAUAAAAUGGGAAUACGGAUAUUACGGACCGAUAAUUUACUACAUAGGUGCAAUAGGAAAAAGACAAAAUUCGCGAAGUAGGGUGUAUGAAUAUUAUGGUCCCUAAUCAUUCAGUUGAACCCUGGCUGGACCAUUGUGAUGUAAUUUGUGUUGAGUUAAUCAAUCAGACAACCAAAAUACAUGUUUAUAUCUUGUCUCCAAAAUGCCUCAUUCUGGUAAUAAUUGAUACUUUCAUAGCACUAAUUAAUUCACCUCAGGUAGACAACAGUUUUCUAAGGUGCCAGAGCUCUCAUUUACUAUUUAAAUCAUACAGUAAAAAUAAAUUGCCAAAACUUGUUAUUUAAGGUAAAAUGCAAAGAAAAUGUAAUGAGUAUACAUGUACAAGUUUUGAUUUCAAUGAAAUCUUUAGUACAUUAUCAUAUUUAUUUGAAUUAGGAUACCGAAAGCUAGCAUUCCAUGUGUGGACUUCAAUUCUUGUCAAGCCUAGAGUUAAACCUAGGUAUAAUUAUGUAAAACCCCCCAAAAUCAACUCGCAACUUUUACAUUUGUUCCUUACGCUAUAUUUUUGAAACCACAUCUCCAAUGGCUAAUCAAAAGUGAGCUAUCAUGUGGAGGGUCACAAUUCCACUUUCAUGGCAAUCAUUUCGGUUAUCUCAAUUGUCACAAAAAAUGGGUCACCAGUUGCGUGUAAAGUUAUGCGUAACUCACAAACCACAAAAAACCUGAGAUUUCAUGAAACUCUGUCCAGAUUCGAUAUUGUUUUUUGUGUAAUCAUACACAAUAUAUUAUUCAUCCUCUAUACGAGUAUGUGUGCAAAUAGCCAUUAUAAAUUGUGUAUUCUAUAUAAAGAAGUUAUACACCAUACAUAUACAGGUAGCUAUGUACACUGAUGUGUGUGUAUGAAUUACUUUUCAAAAUGUCAAGGUAUAGGUGGUUAGCUGUUUUUUUCUAUCAGAUUUGUUUUAUUUUCGUAUGGUGUAUAUAUGCUAUAUUUCAUAUUCAUGUUAUUUCUACAAAUAUAUAGUACUGUGUUAUGUUUUAGAAUAAACUAUUCCUUGAUUCAAAGUUUACAAGUACGUUGGCUGAAAAUUUUUGCAGAAUUUUAGUUUAACCCUUAUUGCAUCAUGUUUGUAUCGAAUGGAAUUUUUUAUUUGAAAAUGUAUUAUAUAAAUACAAACAAUACUGAAAACUGCUUUGCCCUUUGGGUGUUGAAAUAUCUAGGCACUGUUGUGACCAUUAGUGUAAUAAAAGUAUAAUUACAUCACAGCUUUAUAUGGCAUGUCCAAAUAUUCUCUCUGACUCUGCUAUAGCUAUUAUUUUUUUUUUAUAGCUUUUUGUGUACUUUGUCUUGACAAAAGUAUUGGAGCUUAUGCAAUUUCAGCUAUUUUCAUUUGUGAUCACUCACAUCCAUGCGUAGACCACAAGUACAUGUAUGUGUUAGUAUAGAUAUCUGCUUUUUCAAGGCUCUGAAGAGGUAACACAAUCAGAGUGAAGAAUACACAGAAAUUCUACAGGAUAUUAUACACGGUCUACUCUAAGCAUUCAAGUAUUUCCCAGAAGUGCACCAAGAUUAUUUUCAUGAUUUUUUUAAUGUUAUCUUAUAUGUUGUUGAAUGGGUCAGUCUAGUUGUCUCGUUUCCUCUUCCUACCCCCCCCCCCUUCUCAGAUAUUAUUUUGACUCUCUUUCGUGAAAUACUCAACAUUUUUAUACAUCUGACCCCCAUUUUUCUCAAGUUUUACUUCACUUCAUAAACUGACCAAGUCAUGAUCAUUUGAGAGCAUUACACUACAGACUGUCAAAAGAACCAGAAAUGGCAUGUUAUUUGUUAAAAUUGAAUUGUGUGUUUCAUAUUGCCAUUCCUGUUCUAUGUAGGUACUGUUUUAAUCGUGUUAUGUUGUAUAAUUAUUUGUAUUUCAGCCAGCUGCCAGUGAUGAUGAGUUCAAUAAUUAGCAUUAUGAUUAUUUGAAUGAAGAUACUUAUAUUUCAAUAAGUGAACUUCUGAAAUUACCAAAAUUAUUUCUUCAUGGAGGAAUAGUUAUUUAUUUCAUAUAGCUUGAAAUAUUUUAUUUUUCCUUCAAUUGUGAAUCUGCACCUAAGAUCUGACAAUCUAGAGUUAAAUUUGAUGUAAUAUUCAUGUACACAAUGUUCAUCAAUCAGAAAUGUAUGAAAAGGAAAUAAAUACUAAAGAUGAAUAUUUUAUAACAAACC